AUGACCAAGAGACGCAUGUUCUCGACACCUUCGCUGCGACUCCCAGCAACGACGUCUGCGGCUGCAGCUGCGUCUACUGCCUCCAAGAUUAAGUCGAACCUUUCGACUGUCACCAAGCUACCGACGGCGUUGAAGCGCUCUACUAUAAACAGUACGGACACCGACAACAAAGCUCAUGUAGACGAUGGGGGUCCGACAUGUACUACCAUUCCGUCAUUGUCGAGUUCAAGUACCGAGUCGUCGGAAGAAUCGAAGGCUGUACCUCGGAUGUUUGGUAUGUCGUCGCUUAUGAGUAUUAGGACUGGCUCAAAGGAAAAAACGCCGUCGAAACCAGCAUCCAACUGCUCGUUCGACUCACCUGCGGCUCAAAUCAACCGCAGCAAUAGUAAUAGCAGUAAUUCUAGCAACAAUAGCGACGAGGCGGCUGAAAGCAACGAUGAGCCGAAGGCCCAAAAGUCGGCAGUCAACUCCGCCUCACGUUUUGUUAGGGGGAUGCCUACGUUGCUAAGGCGGGCAGUUUCGAAUAGCCACAUACCGGAUGCUUCUGGUGUGAUUUGGAAAAAAGCAUCGGAUGCUAGCGCCAACUCAACGUCGCGAAGAGAGUUCAUGGAGAACAGUCCGGAGAACAGUCCGGAGAACGAUCGGCACUCACUGCUGCUGAUGCUGCAGGUGCCCCAGACACAAAGGCACUCGCAGGUCCCGUUAAUGGCAGCGGGAGAGACUUGGUGA